AUGGGGAUAACAAAUUAUUUUAGAAGGCCGAGCGCCACAUCUAGUGAAAGUCAAAGUCUGUAUGAAGGUGGUGCCUCAGUUGAGAAACAUGAAGGAACAAAAGUUGAAAUCAGUGAUGAAUUAAAUUCAUUCACUUCACAGAAACUUGAUCAUGUUUUCCAGGAUCCUGCUGUUGCAGACUAUUACCGUUCGCUUUAUCAAAGUACUGAUUAUGAAUGCAAGGACUAUUUCGAUCCAGAAUUCACUUGGACUCCACAAGAAGAACGAAAGACUGUAUGGAAGAACGAUUGGUAUGUUUGUUUCUGGGCAUUUAUCAUGUUUACCUCAUUAGAUAUUGAUCGUUAUAACAUUUCUCAAGCAUUGGCUGAUAAUAUGUUGGGAGACUUGAAGUUAACUACAAAUGAUUUUAAUUUGGGUAAUACAAUUAAUUUGGUUUGCUUUUUAGCAUCUGAAUUACCAUCGCAAUUACUUUCUAAAUGGAUUGGUCCAGAUAUUUGGAUUCCUAUGCAGAUGAUAUUAUGGAGUGUAGUAUCCAUGUCACAAGCUUCUAUGACUGGUAAAACUGGUUUUUAUAUUACUAGAGGAUUAGUUGGGGCACUUCAAGGUGGGUUUAUCCCAGAUGUUUGUCUUUGGAUGUCUUAUUUCUAUACUUCUAAGGAACUACCAACAAGAUUAUCAUUAUUUUACAUUGCUAAUCCGUUAAGUUCUAUUUGGUCAAGUUUAUUGGCAUUUGCCCUUUUAAAAAUUAAGACAAAGGGAAUUAGUGAAGGUUGGAGAUGGUUAUUCCUUCUUGAAGGAACUGUCACUUUAAUUGUUGGUAUUACGUCAUUUUUCAAAAUGCCUGCAUCGGUAGUUCAAACUAAAGCUUGGUAUCGUAAAAAUGGUUGGUAUACUGAGAGAGAAGAGAAGCUUAUUGUUAAUAAGGUAUUAAGAGAUGACCCUCAAAAGGGUGAUAUGCACAAUAGACAACCAGUCGGACCUUCAGAAUUGGCUAGAUCAAUUUUAGAUUAUGAUUUGUGGCCAAUAUACGUUAUAAGACUCUUGGGGGAUAUUGGAACUUUACCUAUUUCAACAUAUAUGACAUUGACAUUAAGGAAAUUGGGAUUUUCCACAUUUAAAACUAAUGCCUUGACUAUUCCAUAUAAUGUCUUGACAAUCAUUUCAAUGGUAACUACAGGUUAUUUAUCCGAAGUAUUCAAUCAGCGGGCUAUGGCCAUGAUUAUUACUCCUAUUUGGGUGUUGGCAGGGUUAUUCCCCUUACGAUACUGGUCAGGUUCACAAAAGGAUAUCUGGGGAACUUACGGUCUUUUAACUAUAUUAUUGGGACAUACCCAACUUUGGCCACUUUCAAUUUCAUGGUGUUCUGCCAAUUCUAAUUCGGUAAGAUCAAGAGCAGUUUCUGCGGCCAUUGUCAACAUGUUUUCACAAUCUUCUAACAUAAUUUCAGCAAAUCUUUAUCGUCAAGAUGAUGCACCAAUGUAUCAUAGAGGUAAUGAGCAAUUGAUUGGUAUUGCAUUUGGCGCCCUUGCUGCUUGUAUUCUUGCUAAAGUCUAUUACAUCCAAAGAAAUAAAUAUAAGGAUAGAAAAUGGAAGGCUAUGACAACAGAAGAGCAAGAGGAAUACAUAAGAACUACAAAUGAUAUUGGGAAUAAGAGAUUGGAAUUUAGGUUUGUUCAUUGA